AUGGUUCCAGUACCAAAUGCCGAUUUUAUCUACAACUACGCCUUGAAGCAUCCCAACGCAACUUCAUGGGGUCUCACUUUUAAUCAGCCUGCUGCAACUACUCCCAUAAAUAUCCAGUAUCAGCUAUGGUUUAAUGCCACCAAUUCAGCAAAUGGCAGUGACAUUUUUGGUCGCAACGUGCUUGCAUUUGUUCGUGGUUUAGACGAAGCCAUCAUUACGGUUUUGAAUGAUCCCACCGCGACGAUCACCACAAACAUUGAUGUGAACAUCAAAGACUGGCCACUGAUUCCUGCUGGCCAGCUUUCCGACUCCAUUGUUCAAUCAUUAGGCCCUGUGUUUUUCUUUUGCGCAGAAAUGAUCAUCUUUAUCAAUGUUUUGAAUCAAAUUGUUUCUGAAAAGGAACUCAAGCUUCGUCACAGCAUGGAGGUUAUGGGACUUCGACCUUCUGUAUAUUGGCUCAGCCAUCUGAUAUCCAACUCUGUGCUGGUAUUUAUCAAUGCUCUGUUUACCGGACUGUUUGGCUUAGCAUUUGGCUUCCAGGCGUUUAGGAAUACCAAUUUUGGUGUUAUUCUCAUUACGUUUUUUCUUUUUGGAGAGGCUAUGGUUAUGAUGGCAUUCUUUAUCACAACUCUUGUUCGAAAAACACGCGUUGCCAUUUUGAUUGGCAUCUUUAUUUUUGUGAUUGGACUGCUAUUCGAGUCGUUUGUCUUUUCGUCAGGAUACCUUGGAUACAUUUGGUGGUCGUCAAGCACUGUUGAUCCUGCUGGGUGGAAAUGUCUUAUGUUCAUUCCCUUUUUCAACUUUGGCCAUAUGUUUCUUGAUAUUGCCACACUUACCACGGGCAUGCUUGAUACGCUUACCAACACCUACAUUCCUGGCCCUGGAUUUCCAUGGGCUACACUAUACACUAGUGUGCCUAGAGACUCAUUGCCUACAUACGGAGAUGGCCUCCCUCCUGUCGUUCCGCAAACGAUUCAGGCUUGGUAUUUGAUGAUUAUGGAUUGCUUUUUUUACGGUAUUUUGCUUUGGUACUUUGAUAACGUGAUUCCCAACGAGUUUGGUGCCUGUCAAGUUCCAUGGUUCUUUUUGACGCUAGACUAUUGGGGGAUCGAGACCGCUUCAAAAAAAAGCAUCAACAGAGCCGAUUGGCAAGCCAAAAAUACAUCAGUGUACAGUCUUAUUCCUCCAGAAGGAGAUGAGGAUUCAGAUGUUCUUGCUGCUCGAGAUCGUGUUUUGGAUCCUAGUCACUUUCCCGAAUUGAAAAUUGUCAAUUUGCGCAAGGUUUAUCGAAACAAUAUUCUGUUUUCUUCAGAAAAAGACAAGGUUGCCGUUCGCAAUUCAUGUUUUGGUGUUGAAGAAGGGAAGUUAUUGGCCUUGCUUGGUCAAAACGGGGCUGGAAAAUCAACAACCAUCUCCAUGCUUUCGGGCUUGACUCCUGCCACAUCGGGUGAUGCCUUAAUCUAUAAUUUUUCUGUCCGAAACCAAAUCCAUCGUAUUCGCUCUAUUAUGGGCAUCUGUCCACAACACGACGUUCUCUUUGAUGACUUGACAGCCCGUGAGCACAUUCAUUUGUAUGCCGGUCUCAAGGGCGUUCCAUAUAAUGAGAUUGCGUUGCUCAUUGAGGAACGUUUACAGGCUGUGCGCCUUCUUACUGUUGCCGAUGUGCGUGCUGGGACUUAUUCUGGCGGCAUGAAACGACGCCUUUCACUUGUGAUUUCAACGAUUGGCGACCCCAAGGUGAUUUUCAUGGACGAACCAACUACUGGUAUGGAUCCAGUAAAUCGUCGUCAUGUGUGGACAUUUAUUGAAAAAUUCAAAAAAGGACGUGUGAUUAUUCUCACAACGCACUCGAUGGAGGAAGCUGAUGUUCUCGGUGACAAAAUUGCCAUCAUGUCCAAAGGCCGUUUGCGUGCCAUCAAUAACUCGAUUGCUCUCAAAACCAAAUUUGGCACUGGAUAUCGUAUUUCUGUUGUAGCAAAUCCGGUUGAAUUGGAGCAUGUCAAAGGAAUCAUUCAGCGUAUGGUUCCUGGUGCUGUCCUUGAAGAUGAUUCCGCCGGUGCUCUCAUUUACCAAUUCCCUGGAUCGUCUACUGGUUCGAUUCCUGAUUUUGUACAGUGGCUUGAGGAAAACAAAGAUGGUCUUGUCAAAUCUUGGGGAAUCAGCCAAUCUACACUUGAAGAAGUGUUUUUGAAGCUGAUUCGUGAAACCAACGAAAAGUUUCGCUGA